AUGAAUAGUGCGGCAUUCAAUUUGGCCGCUUCGAUGUUUGAAAGUUCGGCUGUUGAUGGUAACAGUUUGGCAGCCACCGACACUGAUUUGUACAUUCUCGGCAUCAAAUAUCGAACGUCAAACGAUUUGUGUGCUAUUAAUGAUGAUGUUAUCAGUAGAUUUUGGUUUACAUAUCGAAGUGGAUUUGCUCCGAUUGGAGGACCAUCAGGUCCAACGAAAGAUACAGGUUGGGGCUGUAUGAUGCGUUGUGGUCAAAUGAUGUUGGCCGAAGCUUAUCUUCGCUUCUUUAUACCAGCUGGUCGAUAUUUUCGAUGGCGACAGAACUUAACUGAUUCAACAUAUUCGGAGAUACUGAACAUGUUCACCGAUCGACGUCAUUCCACAUAUUCAAUUCAUCAAAUCGUUCUAAUGGGAAAUUCCGAAGGAAAGAGUAUUGGUCAAUGGUUCGGUCCAAACACAAUUGCACAAGUUCUACGACGAAUCGCUUCAAAUGAAUUUGAUAAACAAGUAUAUGUUCAUGUUGCCAUGGACAAUACGUUGAUUCUUGAUGAAAUACGUAAAUUGUGUCAAAUAAACACUCAAAUACCAAAUUUAAUCAAGAAAUCCAAUGAUUCACAAACAACUUGGAAACCAUUAGUGAUCAUCAUACCUCUGAGAUUAGGUCUAAAUGACGUCAACACAGAGUAUAUCGAACAAUUAAAAUUCUGUUUUCGUUUACCUCAAACAUUGGGAUUCAUUGGUGGAAAACCGAAUCAUGCCCACUACUUCAUUGGCUAUGUUGAAACUGAUGACCUUCUGUAUCUUGAUCCACAUGUCACCCAAGCUCAUGUAGAUACUAACGCGAUGUCAAAUGAUUCAUCAUACCAUUGCGAUAAACUCAAUCGAAUGAAAUUCGCUGGACUCGAUCCAUCUCUUGCUUUAGCAUUUGCAUGCAAAACCGAAAGUGAAUUUGUUGAUUUGAUUGCUAAAUUACGUCAAAAUCUUCCUUCACGACCAAUGUUUGAAAUAUGUGAAUCGAAUCCAUUUGAUGCACUAGCAGAGCAAACCGAUGAACACGAGGUGCUAACUUUCGAUUCGGAUGAUGAUUUCGAACUUGUCUAA